UUACGAUCGAAGCUGCGACACGUGUUGGUCACAUCCCUUGUAGAAACAAUUGUCGAGGUGUGGAAAAUAUUCGGUUGUCAAACAGCGAGUCCGUUCAGCUUCACAAUUAUCGUCGUCACGCUUGCGAGAAUUGUCCUUCCACAUAUAAAGGUAAUAGAAUUUUGAGAACAGACGGGAGAGAAAUUCCUGUUUGCUGAGUCAGGACAUGGAAACUGCUUCUGGCUAUAGAUCUCUAAAUUUGGAUUUGCUGUCCAUACCUGCCUUAGAUCCUUCAGUGCCAGUACUCUCACACUAUUUUACAAACAUGUAUUCUGCGCACCAUCUGGAUACGAUGUCAAAACCAAUGACCAAGGCAAUAUACUCUGAUCAUAAUCUCAGAGGAAAAGACAGCGUACCGAGCAUGAAUCCUCCGAAGAAGGAAAACUUGCUACAAAGCAUGUUUAAUGCUUUUACCACUAGGAUUGGAGAAAUAUCUAGAGUACCUGGUAUGGUUUCAGCUGGUAUCAGCAACUCGUUAUCUGUCACUGUUGUUCCAAAUGAAGGGAUCAUUUCCCAUGAGUUUUUUAAAAGCUUGACAGGAAACAGGGAAUUGACAUCAGGUGAGAUAUUCAUUCCUGGAAUACACAGCGAAAGUUCAAUACCAAUUAUUGGUGGAAUGCAUAGUGGUACGCUGUAUGCUGGUCAUUCUAUUUUAGAAAAUCAUUUACAUUGGAAAGGAACAUACAGUUCAACUUCCAGUGAUUGUCUAGAUCCAAAAAUUAAUUGUAAUUCGUUCAUUUCUAACACUGACGAACUCAAGAAGAAGCAAGAAACUGGAAAUCAUAUUACAGGAAUGGUAGAAUCUGCACUUAAUUGGGAAAAGUUGGCGACUGAAAGUGACACAACGACGAGUAGCGAUUCUUCCUGGUUAAAUGAAAACAGUGGUCUGGGAGAAAAUAUUGAUGAAGGAAUAAAUAUGCAAGAAGAGGAGCACAUCUCUUUUGAUCAAAUAAAUGACGAAGUGACACCAAUAAACAAUUGUAGCGAUUCAAGCUUACAGGUAGAUUCAAAAUAUCCAACACAAUUGCUCGAAUCAAUGAACGAUUCUGAUUGUCUGAGAUCUCACGAUUCUCUUUCUUCCGGACAAGCUGUUGUUACAAAUCUAAUAUCCAAUAUGUGGCAGAAGGUUGUAAAUAGUAUAUCUGGGCAUUUAAAUCUUAGGACUGAUUCAUUGGAUUCUGACAUACCAACAAAAAGACCGUAUUCGCCGAAGAGUCGGCGAAAGCUUAAUUGCAUAUCGAGUGGUAGAGGUAGAGGACGAGCAAAAUCUCAAUUGAGACGCUCUGGUGUGAGCCAAACGAGGCACAGGCAGGAAAGAAUUCGACAAAACUUAUCCGCCGAUAUUAAAGAUGACCUUGAUUGUUGGAAGGACUACGAUAUGAAUAGUGGAGAUUUAUCAAAUUCCUCGAGUAUCAACGAAAUCGAUAGUGAAUUUCCAGAAGCACAAACCUCAAAAUAUGUUAUGUCGUUUACAUUAGCCGAAUUAAAGCCUAGAAGAAGGAAGCAAAAAGUGCCUGCAUUACACGAACCACAGCAACGUAGAUCUUCUAUGAGGGUGAGAUACAAGCCAGGUACUCAGACUGACGUGGAUGAAAUUGACGGGUCACCUAUCGAGAAAGAAUUUCAAUGUAACGACGCAUUUCGACCAAGACUGGUUUCUGAGAGUUCUGUUGAUUCGGAGGAUAGUUAUUGCAUUGUCUUCGAAGCGAGAUCUGAAUCGGAUUAUGACACUGACUCUGAGUAUACAGAAAUUAGUGAUGAGGACGAUGUCUUUGAACAAAAUGAAAACAGUGAAACAACUCAAAAGGUGCGAUUUAACUUGGUUCCAAUAGUGCAUUCGAUGGUCACAUGGGAUUAUGCGUACAGAGCUGCCCGGAAAGGUCCAUGGGAAGAAAUUGCUCGAGACCGGGAGCGUUUCAAAAGUCGCAUACACCGUACGGAACAUGUCCUUGGCCCAAUCUUGACUGCUCAGCACCGGAAACAUAUAUGGGAGGAACGUUUUAAUGAAAAAUAGUUUAGUAAAUAAAUUACACUAAAUUCACUAAUAUGACUUCCGCAGAGCUUCUUUUAGUAAUUACGGAUAGGAGAGGAAGAGAUAUAUGCUGCGCAGUUAAAAGGAAUACCUUUAACGAAAGUCUUCCUAUUUCGAAUGUAAUCACUGCAGAGUGCGAAUACAAAAACUGUAAUUUUAGUGAAGGAAAAUAAUAGAGUGAACCUUUUAUAAAGCUAGGUGGUAUUGCAUCGUGUACGUUAUUCAUUGCGGCGUUAAUGUUGUGGAUAUAUCUUUUUUCUUUUUUUUUUUCUUUUUUUCGGUAACAUCCUUACGUACCUUAUUAUUGAAAGCUGAGUCGAAGGAGUAAAUUAUUGGAUGCCCUUGAGGAUGAGAAAGACUUCAGGUGCCGUCAAUUAUCUCUUAUUAAGUUAAUAAGUUAUUAAUCCUAUCCUCGCUUUCUUCUUACGCAUUAUUAUCGAGUAACAAAUGUAAUGAAUGCUUGACUCUUUUACGGCCUUACGUCGAUAGCCCUGUAAAUAGGCUUCUAAAAUUGAUUGUUAGAAACCGUGUGCGUUAAAUAUGAUUUCACGAUUUCAGAGUAUCGCUUCUAGUUUGACACUCUUUUAUUAAGAGAUAUUUAACGUUCCCUAUCCAGAAAGGCAUUAGCAAAUGGAUCCGGAUAAGCAGGCAGUAAUUGCAUUCGAACUUACAUUUAGGUAUUUGCAAUUACUUUUUACUAAAGUCUCUGUAUAUAGAAUAAAGGGUACUUCGGAAGACUUUCA